AUGUCUUCUCGUCGACGGAGCACAAUUUCGAGCAUACUUCCAGCGGGCUUUCAACCAAGCCUACCAAGUGAAUUAGAACCACAAUCUGUCGGACCACUGGACGUGCUGGAAAUCGAUUUAGGACUUCAGAAAAUACCUGUAUCGCCAACUGAUACUCUGACCUUUAAAUGGAAGGAGGAUCCUCAUGUAGCGCUCGAUCUCGCUGAUGAGAACCGAAUCCACAAUAGAAAGAACGUGAUUCCAAUCCUUAUUGGUUUUGGGUUUGUCAUCUUCCUUUCCGCCCUUGACACGACGAUUGUAACAACAUGUUUGCCAGUGAUCGCAUCAGAGUUAGGGGACCUUUCAAAACUCUCGUGGGUUGGAACUAGUUUCUCUCUUACGAGUACUGCCACAGUACCCAUCAUCUCCAAGCUCUCUGAUUUCUUUGGUCGUAAAAAUACCUUAUUUGCCUCGAUACUCAUCUUCUUGGUGGGAUCGGCGCUCUGUGGUGCGGCCGUAAAUAUUGAUAUGCUGAUUAUCUUCCGGGCAGUGCAAGGAGUUGGUGCUGGUGGUCUGUUGAACCUUACACUCGUCUCUAUAUCAGAGAUAGUAUCCCAACGUGAAAGGGGCAAGUAUCAGGGGAUACUUAGUGCCUGCGUUGCAGUGUCUCUGCUCCUUGGACCAGUCAUCGGAGGUCUCUUUACCACUUAUAUCUCGUGGAGAUGGGCAUUCUACGUCAAUCUCGUUAUUGGAAUCAUUCCGGUCGCCAUUUUAUACCACUUCUUAAGACUUCCAGCACCUAAAGGCGCCACAAUGGAUAAACUUAAGAGGAUAGACUAUCUAGGUUCCAUCACGUUAUUCCUCUGCUGUGUCUGUUUUUUGCUCGCCGUGUCGUGGGGAGGCCACGAAUAUGCAUGGAUAUCAGGAGUAGUCCUUGGCUGUUUUGCUGCUAGUAUUGUGCUACUGGCUGUUUUCAUCUACAUUGAAGCCAAAGUCGCCCACGAGCCAAUCAUACCUCUCCAUCUCUUCUGGUAUAAGAACUAUGCCUGGAACUGUCUGGCAGGCUUUGCUUUUGGUUUUGUAUUUUAUGGUACUCAAUACGUCUUCCCCCAAUACUUUGAAAUCGCUCGUGGUCUAAACGCAACUGAUGCUGGAAUACGUUCAUUCGCAAUGGUUAUACCCUUCCUCUUUGUCUCAACAACGGUUGGUGUCCUAAUAACAGUCACUGGCCGUUACGUCGAGUUCUUCAAGGCUGGCUCUCUAGUUGCCAUCAUAGGUCUGUACUUGAUCAGUCGAUGGGAUUUAACGACCAGUAUUGGUGUACAGAUAGCUUUUUUCGUUAUAUUUGGAAUUGGUGCUGGCCCCGUCAACUCUCCACAAUCUCUCAUUGCACAAACAGCAGCCAAGGAAAACGAACUCUCGGUAGCAACGGCCUCUCAAAGUUUCCUUCGUACCAUCGGUGGAACGGUCGGAAUAGCCGUGUUAAAUGCCAUUAUGCAGUCGGUGUGGUAUUCGAAACUCACUGGAAUUUUGACUGAAAAUGGACAAGGGAACCUUGCAAGCACAUUAUUCGUCGAUGGAAGCUUCAACACGAAUGUAAUUAAUGGUCUGGAUCCACAGACGAAACAAUGGGUUCUUGAAGCUUUUGUGCUAGGAUUUGAAUAUGCAUUGUGGGUUGCUACUGGUGCCAUGGCAGUAUGUUUCUUAGCUUCAAUGUGUCUGAAACAUGUACCAUUACGCACUGAAGUCAAGUCAGCAGUCGCAGUAGUUCCGAAUGAUGAGGAACUUACGUUGAAGGAUAUGCCCGUUGACCCAAGGGCUACGCCUGUAUAG